GUUCCAGCUAACGGUCAGCUGCGGCCACACUAUUGCUCUGCGACAGAUUUCAUAAUUCUCAAAUCAGCGAGGAAAGCACAAAAACUUCGUUUAGGACCGUUUAUAAUGUCGGCGUCGGAGCAGGGACCUAAGAUCAAGUACGGAGAAAGCGCUCCUAAGCUGGACAAGGCGCAGCUGCAGUUCAUGAAGCUGAUCGAGGAGCAGAACCUGGACCGCGUGCAAAAACUGAAGCGCAUCCGACGCAACAAUCUUCUGACCGCCGGCGCUUUGGGUGUCUCCGUUUUGGCCAUCUACGGCUACUCCAUCUUUUCGGUGCAGCAGGAGAAGUUUCUGGACGACUUCGAGGAGCCCAAGAAGGUGUCCUCCUAG